AUGCCCUUUGAGGGUGGUCAGGAGUACCUUCUAAACCUGAUCGACUCUCCGGGUCACGUUGACUUCUCUUCCGAGGUUUCCACAGCUGUCAGGCUGUGUGAUGGAGCCAUUGUGGUUGUUGAUGCUGUGGAGGGCCUGUGUCCUCAGACCCAGGCUGUACUCCGACAGGCAUGGCUGGAGAACAUCAGGCCUGUUCUGGUCAUCAAUAAGAUGGACAGACUCAUCACCGAGCUGAAGCUCACCUCUCUGGAAGCCUACAACCACCUGGUGAAGAUCCUGGAACAGAUCAAUGCUGUGACAGGGGCUCUGUUCACAUCUAAAGUUCUGGAAGAACGAGCAGAGAAAGUGAGGGAGGAGGAGGAGGACAGGGACUUGGACCUGAGUGGAGAUCAGGUCUAUGACUGGAGCGCUGGACUGGAGGAGGCUGACGACUCCAACCUCUACUUUUCCCCUGACCAAGGAAAUGUGGUGUUUGCCAGUGCCAUAGAUGGAUGGGGUUUCAGCGUUCAGCAUUUUGCCUCCAUAUACAGUAAGAGGGUGGGGAUCAGAGCCUGGGUGCUGCUGAAGACCCUGUGGGGAGAUUUCUACCUCAACGCAAAAACAAAAAGGAUCAUGAAGGGGGCUCAGGCCAAAGGAAAGAAGCCACUGUUCGUGCAGCUGGUUCUGGAUAACAUCUGGAGUUUAUAUGAUGCAGUCAUCACCAGAAGAGACAAAGACAAGGUGGAGAAGGUUGUAUCAUCCCUGGAGAUAAAGGUGAUGUCCAGAGACCUGCGUCACUCUGACCCUAAAGUUCUCCUACAUGCUAUCUGCAGCCAAUGGUUACCAGUGUCCAACGCUGUCCUCUCUAUGGUGUGUGAGAAGCUCCCCAGUCCAUUAGAGAUGGCAGCAGAGAGGGUGGAGAAGCUGAUGAGUGUAGGAACCCGUCCUUUUGAAUCCCUACCUGAAAGGACUCAGGAACUGAAGACAGCGUUCCUGCGGUGUUCCAGCGGGACCAAUGAUCCAGUCAUCAUCUUUGUGUCCAAAAUGUUUGCUGUGGACAUUAAGGCGUUGCCUCAGCACAGACCCAGGCCUCUGAGCCAGGAACAGAUCGCUCAGCGCAGAGACGUGGCAAGGCAGAGGCACGCUGAGAAGAGGCUGGAAGGUGCCGCGCUCCCAGAUGGGCCCCCAGUAGAAGCAAAGACGCCCAGUCUGCCUCCGAAGGACACAAAGGAAGAGGAGGAGGAAGAGGAGCAGCAGAGGGAGGUCUUCGUAGCGUUUGCACGGAUCUACAGUGGAACAGUGAAGAAAGGCCAGCGGCUUUUCAUUUUGGGCCCAAAGUACGACCCUGCUCAGGGCCUCAGUCUGCUUCCAGAUGGUAGCAGUGCAUCUGACUGCUUGGUGGAGGUGCCCCACCUGUCCUGUUGUACCCUGGAGAAGCUUUAUCUGCUCAUGGGUCGAGAGCUGGAAGAGUUAGAAGAGAUCCCUGCUGGGAACGUUUUGGGUAUUGGAGGUCUAGAGGAGUACGUCUUAAAGUCGGCCACCCUGUCAGCCUCCCCGGCCUGCCCCCCCUUCAUCCCACUCAACUUUGAAGCUACUCCUAUUGUACGAGUUGCCGUGGAGCCAAAGCAUCCAAGUGAGAUGCCAAAGCUGGUCCGUGGGAUGCGUCUCUUGAACCAGGCAGAUCCGUGUGCUGAGGUUCUGAUACAGGAGACAGGAGAGCAUGUCCUGGUGACGGCCGGGGAGGUUCACCUGCAGCGCUGCUUGGAUGACCUCAGAGAGAGAUUUGCCAAAAUUGACAUUAGCGUGUCCAAGCCCAUCAUCCCGUUCAGGGAGACGGUGGUCCGGCCCCCCAAGGUGGACAUGGUGAACGAGGAUCUGGGCAGGCAGCAGAAAGUGGCUGUCAUUCAUCAGGUAAAAGAAGAACGUUCAUCUGAGUCCCAGCAGAUGGACUCUAAUAGACUCGUCACCGUCACCACUCCCAACAAACUGGCGACUGUGGGCGUGCGGGCAGUCCCAUUACCACAGGAGGUGACGGUUCUUCUGGAGAGGAGAUUAGACGUAAUCCGGACUCUGGAGCUGAUCAACAUGUCCCUCAGGGAGGGGAAAGCUCUGGACAUAAAUCCCAGGACUAUGGAGGCCAUAAAAGAGCUGAAGGACCAGCUGGAAAGCUUGCUGCAAGGAAGGAAGUGGCGGAGUGCUGUGGACCGGAUCUGGGCUUUUGGGCCCCGCAGGUCCGGUCCAAACAUACUCCUGAACAGCAUUAAGGACUACAGCCGAGCGUCGAUAUGGCAGUGUCUGGAAAGCAGGCAAGGCAGUGACCCCACCAGAACUCAGCUUCCUCCACUGCGGGACUUUGAUAACAGCAUCGUCAGCGGCUUCCAGCUGGCAACGCUCUCCGGUCCCAUGUGCGAGGAGCCCCUGAUGGGUGUUUGCUUCUCGGUGGAGAGGUGGGAUGUCCAGUCCUCAGCUUUAUCGCUGCAGCCAGAAUCUUUGAAGGACUCUGUUCCCAAUAAAGCUGAUAGAGAUGUCGAUGGGGAUAUGACAGCAGGCCGUCCUCUGGCUGAGCGGAGGAUAGAGGCUCCGUCUGCGGACUGCUACGGGCCGGUGUCUGGCCAGCUGAUCGCCGCCAUGAAGGAUGCCUGCCGCCAUGCUUUCCAGGCUCAGCCCCAGAGGCUCAUGGUGGCCAUGUACACCUGCGAGAUCAUGGCGACCGCUGAGGUCCUUGGCCGGGUCUACGGAGUGCUGGGAAAGCGCGAGGGUCGGGUUCUACAUGAGGAGAUGAAGGAGGGGACGGAUAUGUUCAUCAUCACAGCUGUUCUUCCUGUCGCUGAGAGCUUUGGCUUUGCUGAUGAGAUCCGCAAGAGAACCAGCGGGUUGGCCAGUCCACAGCUGGUUUUCAGCCACUGGGAGGUGAUCAACAGCGAUCCGUACUGGGUUCCCACCACAGAAGAAGAAUACCUGCACUUCGGGGAGAAGGCAGACUCUGAGAACCAGGCCCUCAAAUAUAUGAAUGCUGUCCGCCGGCGGAAAGGUCUCUACAUUGAGGAGAAGAUUGUGGAGCACGCAGAGAAACAGAGGACGCUGGGCAAGAACAAGUAGAAGAGAGAGCUUUGUGUCCCUCUGACAAUACUGACCUGUGCAUCUGUGGGGGACAACCCUCUGUAAUAAGAUUCUGGCAUUUAUGAAGGCACGAGCUUUGGAUGAUGUUCAGUAAUUUAGAAUAAAGUCUAUUGAUUUUCACAGAG